UCCUUCUUCCCACCUCCCAUUACUCUUUUAACUUCUCUUCUCCGGCGAAGGUCGCCGGAAUAUCAUCGGAAAAUCUCACCGGAAAACCCACUUCUCCCAAAUUCACCAUUCUCGCCGCCACCAUUAAGCUACCUCAACUCUUCAAAGCUCACCUCACAUCACAACACCCUUCUCUACUUUCUCUUCUUGUUCUUCUGUGUUGCUAUUCACUUCACAAAUCCCACGAAUGCUAACACAUUUGAGCGAAUUUCAGCUGAAUUCCACUACUAUCUUCACUCUCCAAGCUCAUGGUUGUGCAUCUUGAAUGCAACUUUUGCUAUUGUUCUUAGAUGAAGUUCACAAUGCAAACAAUCUUUCAGUGCUGAGAAUUCUUAAAUUUCAGUGAGGUUUUAUGAUUUCAACUUUCAAGGAGUCACCAUGCUGAUUUGAAUUACUUUAGAGCAUUGCCUUGUUUGGUGGGGGUGGAGUUAAAAAGCAAAAACCUGAUUUUUUAGCUCUAAAUUCAUUACUAUUGUAAGGUCAAUGGUUUUGGCUUGAUGGGCAUUUAUGUUUCGGUAGAAAGAUCCAAACUUCCGGCGGCAACAGUGGUUCUGGUCUUGAUCCUGGGCAUUUAUUAAGCACAAGUCACUGAGUUCAAGGUUUUGUUUUUAUUUCUAUUUAUUAACUUUUACUAAUUUUGAUGCAUUUGAUUCAAGACUAAGGAGUCAAGAUCACGCAAAAAAAUAUAAAAAAAAAAAAUCAGUGAUGUUGUUGAGGUGGGCAAGAGUAUCAGGUGGGAAAGGUGAUCACUGUGAUAGUGAGGAGAUGGAGAUGGGGUUCAAUGUUUUGGGGGAAGGUGAAGUUGUGAAGGCUAAGAGGUUUAUUGUGAGGCCUAAGAUUAAGGUGUGGAUGGUUCGUGCCAUUACUACUGUGAUUCUUUGGAGUUGUGUGGUUCAGCUUAUGGCACUAGGGGAGUUGUGGGGGACAAGGUUGUUGAAGGGCACGCCUCUUUGUUUCAGCCAUCAAGAUGCAUCACUUGCCAUAUCAAAGGUUCCUGUUCCAGCCAAGGUUUUACUCCCUCCCAAAAGGGUUUAUAAGAACAAUGGUUAUCUUAUGGUUUCGUGCAAUGGAGGACUCAACCAAAUGCGAGCAGCGAUAUGCGACAUGGUUGCGAUUGCCAGACAUUUGAAUGUGACUCUUAUUGUUCCAGAGCUGGAUAAGACAUCUUUCUGGGCUGAUCCAAGUGAGUUCCAAGACAUUUUUGAUGUAGAUAAAUUCAGUGCCUCCUUGAGAGAUGAGGUUAGAAUAUUGAAGCAACUACCACCUAGGCUCAAGAGAAGAGUUGAAUUAGGACUAUCCUACUCAUUGCCACCAAUUAGCUGGUCUGAUAUUACAUACUAUGAAAAACAGAUCCUUCCUCUAUUACUUAAACACAAGGUCGUGCACCUAAAUAGAACUGAUGCUCGCCUCGCGAACAAUGGACUACCUCUUGAUAUUCAAAAGCUGAGAUGUAAAGCAAAUUUUGAAGCUUUGCGGUUUACUUCACAGAUAGAGGACCUCGGUAGAAAGAUAGUGAAGAUUUUGAGGGAAAGGGGACCUUUCCUUGUUCUUCAUCUUAGAUAUGAGAUGGACAUGUUGGCCUUCUCUGGCUGUACUCAUGGAUGUGACAGAAGGGAGGUGGAUGAACUCACAAGAAUGAGAUAUGCUUAUCCCUGGUGGAAGGAAAAAGUCAUCAAUUCUGAACUCAAGAGGAAAGAGGGUUUAUGCCCAUUGACACCUGAGGAAACUGCUCUCAUAUUGACAGCACUAGGCAUGGAUCACAAUGUUCAAAUUUAUAUUGCUUCUGGAGAAAUAUAUGGUGGAGAGAAAAAGAUGGCGAGUUUACGCGCCACUUUUCCUAACCUGGUAAGGAAGGAAACUCUGCUGGAACCUUCAGAUUUGAUGUAUUUCCAAAACCACUCAUCCCAGAUGGCUGCACUUGAUUAUCUCGUGUCUCUAGAGAGUGAUAUAUUUAUUCCAACAUAUGAUGGGAACAUGGCUAAAGUUGUGGAAGGCCAUAGAAGAUUCCUAGGUUUCAAAAAGACUAUACUGCUGGAUAGAAAGCUUUUGGUGCCUCUCAUAGAUCAAUAUACCAAUGGGUCAUUAAGCUGGGAUGAGUUUUCCAUUAUGGUGAAGAAUUCUCAUGUCAAUAGGAUGGGAAGUCCAAAAGGUAGAGUUGUCAUCCCAGACAGACCUAAAGAAGAAGACUACUUUUAUGCCAAUCCUCAUGAGUGUUUGCAAUUGCAAGAUGAGUAAUUGGGAACCACGUGAUCUUUGCUUAACACUUGCCUUUGAUUCAUUCAGAGCCUUUCAUACGUAAGCAAAGCUGAUUGCUAUUUAGUUAAGGGAAGGCUCAGAUUCUGUACAUGAAGUAGGCUCUGAAUGAAUUCAACGAGGGCUAUUCUUCCCUUUCCCUAGAUAAAUUUAUAGCAAACUGGCUUUACAUGUACACUGUAAUUCAAAUCAAAAGAUGAGCACUUUUACUGUAGUCCAUAUUCCCCUAAAUUUUGAAGGUGAUUAGUCACUAAAUGUUCAGAGUUGAGCCUUGAAAUCAUAGAAAAUGUGAAAGAACAACACUGAAGUCUCUUUGAACCUUGUUGUCCACUAACAUAUUGCACUUGCAGAAUGCAUCAAUGCUACAUGUGAUAAUUGCCUCAUAUAUGUUUGUUGACAAAAACAUGAUUAAGUAGGUAGACUCUAAAUGGAGUAGUAUUGGUAAAGACUCAAAAACAGAUAGUGGGAGGAGGGUUAUAGCUUAUAGGGGGACCAGGAGUCAUGAUUAGCAUGAUAAUGGUUUUGGUUUUAUUGUAGGAAUAACAGCAACUUUUGUGGUUUAGGCAGGACAGGACUAGAAUCACCAACUACAAGCAAUUCUAAAUGGAGACUCAUGGUAGUGACUACUGAGGUGUCCUAUCUCUACUUGGCUUCUUUCAUUUUAUUUCUGUUUUCAAGUGCUGGAGGGUUGGUUGACCCUUAAAAGCAACAAACCCAUUUUAGUGGAGACUAUUUAGAGUUUUAAACUGCAUUCCGCAACCGUAGUUGCGGUAAGGUUUUUGAGGCCCUGCAAGGGCACUCGGACUGCAAUUGUAGUCACAUCAACUCUCAUUUGUCCGCAAUUUCAUUGCAUAACUGCAAUUGUAGUUUAAAACCAUUUUUUUCUAUUAUCCCCAAUAUAAUUGCUCAUAUUUUAAUGUA